AUGUCUAGUAUCGGUUCUCAAGUUCGUAAGGCUGCACCAAAUGUGGAUUCGAUAGUCACUGAAUAUGCUGUUGGUUAUUUCAACCAUUUAUCACUUUUAACUGACGAUGCUGUCCAGAGUAAGCAGUUGGAUUUAAUUACUGAGGUUCAAUUUGUCUCUGACUUAUUAGUGGAUGCUGGUGCCAUUAAAGAGAAAGUUGAUGACUUAGGUAAAGAAUUAUUGAAAACUUUAAGUAUCCAAUUGAAAGAAAAUCAAUCUAAAUUGGAAUUGACUGGUGACACUUCAAAGAGAUUGUUAGAUAUUAAUGUUUUACAAAGUCAUAACAGUAAGGCUACUAUUAAUUCUUCUUUAAGUAUGUUAGGUGUGAUGGGUGAUAUCGAACAUACCGGUAGAAACAUGGAAACAAGAGUUGAUUUGAAGAAAUUAGCUAAAGCUGAGCAAAAAAUUGCUAAGAAAGUUGCUAAGAGAAACAAUAAAUUUGUUAAGUACGAGGCUUCUAAGUUAAUUAAUCAAAAGAAUGAUGAUGAUUAUGAUUCAUUCUUCUUAAAGAUCAAUCCUUUGGAUUUUGGUUCGGGUGCAGGUAAGUCUAAGGACAUUAAGAUUGAUACUUUUGAUUUGUAUGUCGGUGAUGGUCAAAGAAUCUUGUCAGACGCUCAAUUAACAUUGAGUUUUGGUCGUAGAUACGGUUUGGUUGGUCAAAAUGGUAUCGGUAAAUCUACUUUGUUAAGAGCACUGUCUAGAAGAGAACUAAACGUACCAAAACAUAUUUCUAUCUUGCACGUUGAGCAAGAAUUGAUGGGCGAUGAAACGUUGGCUCUUCAAAGUGUUCUGGAUGCUGAUGUUUGGAGAAAACAAUUGUUAACAGAAGAGGCAAAAAUUAAUGAAAGAUUGCAAGAGAUGGAUAAACUAAGAGAGGAAUUUGAAGAAGACAGCCUUGAAGUAAAAAAACUGGAUAAUGAAAGAGAAGAUUUAGAUAACCAUUUGGAACAAAUUUCCGAAAAACUAGUUGAUAUGGAAUCUGAUAAGGCUGAAGCAAGAGCUGCUUCUAUUUUAUAUGGUUUAGGUUUCAGUACUGAAGCUCAAAAGAAACCUACGAAUUCCUUUUCUGGUGGUUGGAGAAUGAGAUUAUCUUUGGCUAGAGCUUUAUUCUGUCAACCAGAUUUAUUGUUAUUAGAUGAACCUUCCAAUAUGUUGGAUGUUCCAUCGAUUGCUUACUUAUCAGAAUAUUUAAAAACUUAUCCAUCAACUGUAUUAACCGUUUCACAUGAUCGUGCCUUCUUGAAUGAAGUUGCUACAGAUAUUAUAUAUCAACAUAAUGAAAGAUUGGAUUACUACAGAGGUCAAAAUUUCGACACAUUUUAUGCUACUAAGGAAGAGCGUAGAAAGAAUGCUCAAAGAGAAUAUGAAAAUCAAAUGGCUUAUAGAAAGCAUUUACAAGAAUUUAUUGAUAAAUACAGAUAUAAUGCUGCUAAGUCACAAGAAGCUCAAUCUAGAAUUAAGAAACUGGAGAAAUUGCCAGUUUUGGAGCCACCUGAGGAAGAGAAGAGUAUAAGCUUUAAAUUCCCAGAUUGUGAAAAAUUAUCACCACCUAUUAUUCAAUUACAAGAUGUUGACUUUGGUUAUGAUAAUAAGGAGUUAUUGUUGAAUGAUGUUAAUUUAGAUAUUCAAAUGGACUCUAGAAUUGCUUUGGUAGGUGCUAACGGUUGUGGUAAAACAACAUUAUUAAAAGUUAUGAUGGAACAAUUAAGACCAGUUAAAGGUUAUGUUUCAAGAAAUGGACGUUUACGUAUUGGUUACUUUACCCAACAUCAUGUUGAUUCUAUGGAUUUGGAUAAAUCAGCAGUUGAUUGGAUGUCCACUGCAUUCCCUGGUAAGACCGAUGAAGAAUAUAGACGUCAUUUGGGUGCAUUUGGUAUAACUGGUUCUUUAAGUUUACAGAAGAUUCAAUUAUUAUCAGGUGGUCAAAAAUCCCGUGUUGCUUUCGCUGCUUUAUGUCUAGAAAAUCCACAUAUUUUAGUAUUAGAUGAACCUUCCAAUCAUUUAGAUACAGCAGGUAUUGAUGCUCUGGUUGAUGCUUUGAAGAACUUCACAGGUGGUGUUUUGAUGGUAUCGCAUGAUAUUUCUGUUAUUGAUUCUGUAUGUAAAGAAAUCUGGGUUUCAGAAAAGGGUACUGUUAAAAGAUUUGACGGUAAUAUUCAUGAUUACAAAGAUUACAUUUUGGCAGCUGCUGAUGCUAGCGGUGUCGUGAAAAAACAUUAG